AUAACUGAACAUAGGUAUCUCUAUGUUUGUUACUUUUUCCAUUUCCAAAUCCUUAGGGGAAGCUGUAUCAUACUUACUGAGUUACUAAACUGAGAAAGGAACAAGUAACAACCAUUAUCAAAGUUAUACUUAUUUCAAAAGGAGAUAUGCUUUAGAUGUCAACCAUUAACAAUGAAGGUUUUAGUGCUUGUUAGGUGUUUUAGAGGUCAAUCUAGUAUUUUUCAUUUUAUGCAUUUUUCUUUUUUACUUUAUUUACAGGAAACAUUCACUCGUAAACGUGAGAAUCCAUUUUAUAAGGGUCUAUUGAAACAAAAUGAUCAGAAUUUUACCUUUGAUUUCCCAAAAAGUUCUGGCAACCACAACGUUCCACGGUCUAUCUCAGACAUUGGUCAUGGAAAGAUUGAAAAUUUUGAUUUUUAUGCAAAUGAAACGUCCAUGGAAUCCUCAUUCGAAGAUUCAAUGACAAAGUCCAAUUUUGAGCCUUUUAAUCAAGCUACUCUUGAGAAGUCAAAGAAAGUUUCCAAAACAACUCCAAUUAUGUUUACAAGAGCUACAUCAGAUUUGGAAUUCAGUUUUAGAAGUUUACAAGAUUCCAUAAAUGAGCUUCAUGGUUUAACACUUAAGAAAUAUGAAGAUCACCAAACCUUACAUGGUUCCUCAAAACCAAUUGAAAAAACAUAUCUAGUAAACAAAAGAAAAGAGGACCUAUCAAGUAUUCAACUUCCACAAUGUGCAGCAUCAUUUUACAAUGGAAUCUCACCGAUUAUGGAAGUUGUCGAACAGUGUGAAACUGCUAAGAGACUAAAUUUAUAUCUAAGAGCUGGAAAGGUUGAAGUCAAUGCUGGCGUACCUGGAAGAUUCUUGCAUGCUGUAAUUGCCCAAGAUGUCUCUGAUGUUGGCUCUGUUGCUUUGACCGUCGCUUACGCCUUCUACCUCAAUGAAACACAGAAAAGGAAAGAAUACUGCACUGUGCCAGUCAUCAACAUGAAGAGGGAAGAAUUAAACGCUCGUGUUGAACUUAAAUGGCUGUUUGAGUCAUGCCAAUUGGACCAUACAUCGUUAACUUUUAUAGACGAGGUUGACCUGUCCUAUUAUGAUCUAUUUGGGAGCCUGAAGCUAGUUUUGUUAAAUGGUCAGAAGCUUCCUGCUAAACAAGAGGCACUGAAGGAUGCAAUAGUUGAAAUUUUAACUUGCAGAAAGGGUGAACCUGCAUAUCCUUCGGUUGAAGUUGUUACUGAAACUGAGGAUUGCUCAUGUUGCACAAUUGUUGCUGAGAAGUUUGCACUGACUUCACCUGAAACUUUGGUUGGGAAAGGAUUCAGUAGGCUAUUGUUAGCAGGAAUCCUGUCAGACACUGAGAACCUAACCAAACCUCUUUGUUCUUCCAAAGAUAAGUACAUGGCUUCACUUCUAAUCCACGGUGCAGGUCGGCUUGGGUAUAAUGGCCUCUAUCAAUUAUUGAAAUACAAGAAGCAUGAUGUAUCAGAGCUUAAAGUGGUUGACAUAUUGCGCAAAGAUUUCAAGAGAUGGACAAGAGUAGCAGGUAAACAAGACACUUAUGGUUCAAGAAUGUCUAACAAUGGGCUGAGUUCUAUUGGAAUUUCUAUUGGACAACUUCUCUCCCAUGAGAGUGCUGCACCACAACAAAUUAAGUACUUUCAGCAGUUGGAGAAACUUAGGCUUCUCAUGAUUGUUUCUGGAUAUUAUGAUUCGAAUAAGAACUUCAAGAGGGAGAUUCUAGUCUCUACUGAGUCUGUUGUGCUGAUGAAGACUCUGCUCAAUUUCUUUAACUCAAAUGCGACACUUCUUCCUCUGAAAGAUCUCCAUAGACCAGGCCUUAUGGUGGAGAUGAGAGCAUUCGAAAUCGAUAAAGUUAUAUCAAGAAAGACAAUUGAGCAUCUCCUAGGUGAAUUCGGGGGUAAUACACAUGAGCAGCCAGGGUUGUGAUCAACUAUUUUGAACAUGGAAACUAAGGUUUAUCAUUAUGUUUGGAAAUGUAUGUAUUAAUUAUGAACAAAGAAGAAUUAAAUAGAGCUUUUAUAGUUUUCAUGUUUUUAAAGUUAUGGGAUUCGAUAACAAAGCCGAUUUGUGAUCUUAUGUUAUCUUAAAUGUUUGUCAAGAUGAAAAUUUGGUGCAUAAAAAAUCAGUAACAUGAAAAGCUGACUAGAGAUGAAGAUGUAUUCAGCAACUAUGUACUGUGAUACCAUGUAUCAUAUCCCAGUUAAGAUGAGCAGAACUGGUGGAUAUUAAAAUGUGCAAUGCUUUUACUUUGAAUCUCAGUAUAUUCUUUAUAG